AUGUACUGCAUUUCCAGAAAGUUCCUUCCGGCCCCUCGGAUCCCGCGGAGGAAUUCAGCCGGCCCCUCCCCCGUGCGGUUCCCUGCUGUUCAGUCCGAAAACCAUGGAGGCAAAGUCGGGCCGGGUUCAGGCUCCAUGCAAAGGCCGGGUGGGGAGGCCGCGUGGGGGGGUCCCAGGUGGGGAGGCCGCCUGUGUGGGGGUCCAGGUGGGGAGGCCGCCUGUGUGGGGGGUCCCAGGUGGGGAGGCCGCCUGUGUGGAGGUCCAGGUGGGGAGGCCGCCUGUGGGGGGUCCCAGCAGCGUGCUGAGGAACUCGGGCUUUGCUUUCUAGGGUACAGUGAGAACACGGGAGAGGACUUAGAGACUGCCUGUCACCGCCGAGGGAGGCGGAGCGGGAUUCGCACCCCCGUCAUCGCUGGGCCCACACGCCGCCGACGGCUUCCGCGUGUGGCCAUCUGUCUCUCAGAAACCCUCUGGCAGAGGGACCCAGCAGAUGACUCGGGGGCUGUUCACACUCUGAAACCUGCUUGGAGUCAAAACACUACUGGAGAGCCUCCGCGGCAAACCCAACCCAGACAGUCUUCCAUGGUGGCCCCCGCAGUGGCGGGCACUCUGCCCACUCCCUGCCAGCCCCUGCCCGCUGGCCUCCAGGCCCGGCCGGGCCCCUGA